UGGUUCCUGUCUUGUUCCUACUCAUUCCGCUGACUCUGUACAAACAUAACAUCCCAAAGUUGAAGAGACAGCAAGAAAAGUGAGAAAUUGAAUCAUCCCGGAAAAGCAUUCUCAAGUUACUAAAGAACAGUAUGGGUGCAGUUGCAGCCAUGGUAAUCUUUCUUUCAAGCUCUCUGUGCCUGUACCUCCUCGUAGCUCUCUUCAAUGGUCUUCACAAACUGUGGUGGAUUCCAAAUCGCAUACAGACCCAGAUGGGUUUACAGGGAAUCAGAGGUCCUUCCUACAGAUUCAUCCAUGGAAGCACCAAGGAAAUUCUCAGCAUAAAAAAGGAGGCCAUGAAUAGGCCCAUGGUCAAUUUAUCCCACGAUAUACUUUCCAGAGUUCAGCCUCAUAUUCAAUCAUGGAUCAACAUUUACGGUAACAAGUGCAACCAUGUUUUACUGAAUCCAUGUCCUUUUUUUAUUGUUUAUUUCUUAUCUGGUGCAGGGAAGAUGUAUCUUCAAUGGUAUGGCUGUAAAGCUCAAUUGGUCAUAACAGAACCGGAGCUUAUCAAAGAGAUACUGAACAAUAGAGACGGAGCCUAUCAGAAGGGGAAGUCUGAAGGCUAUAUAAAGAAGCUCUUAGGAGAUGGGCUCGUCACUUCUCAAGGUGAAAAGUGGGCAAAGAUGCGGAAAUUGGCCAAUCAUGCCUUCCAUGCCGACAGGCUCAAAAGUAUGAUUCCAGCAAUGAUCAGCAGUGUCGAGGUGAUGCUUGAAAGGUGGAAAAGUCAUGAAGGCAAAGAGAUUGAUGUUUUUCAAGAAUUCAGUCAAACGACAUCAGAAGUGAUUUCCAGGACAGCUUUUGGUAGCAGUUACUUAGAUGGGAUGGAAGUCUUUCAGAUUUUGGCUAGAAUGACCUUGAUAUCGUCCAGGAAUGUUUAUAAACUCAGGUUUCCUGGCAUCAGUAAAGUUUAUAAAACCGAUGAUGAAAUCGAAUCAGAAAAGCUUGAAAAGGAUUUACGCAACUAUAUAUUAGAGAUGGUCAAGAAAAGAGAAGAGAAGGUAAUGACCGGGAAGAUAGCCAGCUUUGGGGAUGAUUUUCUUGGAUUGCUUGUAAAGGCUCAUCACGACGCCGAAGCUAACAAAAGAAUUUCAGUAGAAGAUCUGGUGGAUGAGUGCAAGACGUUUUACUUUGCUGGACAAGAAACCACAAACGGGUUGCUUGCGUGGACUGUCUUUCUUCUAGCAAUCCACACAGACUGGCAAGAAAAAGCAAGAAAGGAGGUGCUCGAAAUAUUUGGCCACCAAAAUCCAAAACCAGAUGGCAUCACGAAACUCAAGACCACAAGCAUGAUCAUCCACGAGUCUCUACGAUUAUAUCCUCCUGUAGUUACAAUCUCAAGAAAAGUUGAACGUAAAGUUAGACUGGGAUUAAGUCUCACACUUCCAGCUGAUCUGAUCGUGUUCAUCCCAACUAUAGCAGUUCACCAUAACCCUCAAAUAUGGGGAGAAGACGUGCAUCUUUUCAAACCACAGAGGUUCACAGAAGGAGUUGCCAAAGCCACUAACAACAAUACUGCCGCUUAUGUUCCCUUCGGCAUGGGAUCUCGAAAUUGUGUUGGCUUUAACUUUGCCACCACAGAAGCAAAGAUUGCUCUUUCGAUGAUUCUUCAACGCUAUGCAUUCACCCUAUCGCCAGCCUAUGUCCACUCACCUGUUCAGCAUCUUACCCUUCGCCCACAACAUGGAGUUCAGGUAAUGCUGCACUCCUUGUGAAGACCAGAAACUGGCAGGGAAAAAACUAAUGGGCAGAACACCAGAGAUUAACGCCUUGGAAUGUGGUACCUGUUUUUCUCCUUUGUAUUAUAAUAUGAUAGUUUGGAAGAGUAUUUGGUGAAAAUUGAGUACUGCGCAGAGGGCGAACAGAAGACCUUGGAUUUUUAAUAAAACGAGCAUGUAUUGUGUUGUUUAUCGGCUGCUCAAAGGUGAACCCAAUUUGAUAGGGACCAUCGGUCACAUUUCAAUUGCUAAAUUAUAUGCAAAUCGAGUGACUUUUGAGAGAAA